ACAUCAACGAAUGUGCAAGCAGUCCCUGUUCGAAUGGAGGAACUUGCAAUGAUCAGGUUGGCUAUUAUUCCUGUCAGUGCACCACUCCAUGGACUGGGGUAAAUUGUGCUGUAUACAACGGAUGUGCUAGCUCCCCAUGUCAAAAUAAUGGCAACUGCACAAAUCAAACAGCCAGCUACAAGUGCUCAUGCGCGAGAGGAUACAGCGGAUAUCAUUGCCAAGAUGAAUCAUCGUCAUGGUGGUUUUGAUAGAAAAAUGAGAAUAUUCUUGACCGAAGUUGACGCAGUUGUCUGAGAUCACAAAGAAGCAGUUGACAUCUUCAGGUAAAUUAAAAAGCUGACAAACUCCAACAUUUAUAACCUGUUUGAAAACAGAGAAGCUGAACAAUUCUUAUCUUGAUAUUUUGGGAAAGAAAUCUUUACAAAAUCUCACAGAGAAGAGAUAUGCAUGAAACAGUUGAACCUUUGAAAGCGUCCUAAGUUUGCAAAAUUUCGUAAUACCUUUGGAAAACCUUGAGGGUCUGCUUAUCGUUUUAUGCUAAUUAAUUGCAAUUUAGGACAUAAGUCUAACAGAUAUGUUAUUUCCAAAAUGCUACAAAAUGCAGCGCAAAAUUGAGUCAGGUUAGAAUUGUUUAAAAACAUAUAAAGCAUAUUUGAAACCUACAACCUAAAAAAAGCCCUUCCCUUGCAGACAAUUUUAUAUGUUCUUUGUAACAUCAACUUGUGAUAUGUUCUUUAUCAUUUCUUCUUUAUUGUUGUAGUAAUGUGCAUUUAAAUAAUAUACCUAUUUCAAAGUCUAUAGCACACGGACAUUUUUUGGUAAAUACCUCUACGCCGUUCUCUAGUUCUCAUCCUUUUUUCUCUGAUUCGUUCAACCAUCAAACAGAUUUAUAAUAAAUGUUUCUUUGAGAUUGAUACAAAAUUUUGAUCUAGAGCACAACGAAAAAGUGAAUAAAGCUACUUGCUUUUAAUGCAUACAGUUAUUAGUAAAUAGUGUUGAAGUUAAUUAAUGGAACUGAUCCAGUUUUUGUUCAGGCUGACUAGAAAUCGCUGCGAAUCCCUGAGGAUCGCCCAUAGGCCGUCCCUAUAUUUUUUAAUAUGAGCUCAGCUUCUCCGGGUCCAAUUUUGUCGAGUUUCCUAUCUCCAGCCAUUUUACAAUUGCUAAUGAUUGUUUUUCUCUUGUCACCUCAACUGUAUCAUGGAUCGUUCUCGAUCAUGGAUCUUUAUGGAUCGUUCACGAUCGCUGGAAUAGAACUCACUACCAUUCCAUGAACUCACUCCACUAGUGAAUUAGAUGGCCAGUUUGCUGAACUGUGCAGAUCGACAGGGGAGUGCUAAAGUGUUGACAUCAUAAACAUUUAUUUUUAAAUUUUAAGUUCUGAUCAUAUGAGCGAAAAAGCAUGGCAAAAUGUCUCAAAAUAUGCAAAAUCUUCUCUCGGUAUCAGCUUGACCGGACUACUUUCGCUAUCAGCUUGACCGGAUUUCUUUCGGUAUCAGCUUCACCGGACUUCUUUCGGUACUAGCCUGACCGGACUUUUUUCGGUAUCAGCCUGACCGGACUUAAUUCGGGUCCAACACCGUUAAAUUGCAUAACGUGUAACGAGAUAUUUCAAAUAACAUCAAUCAAACUAUUGGUAAAAUGCAAGGAGAAAUUGCGGGUAAGGUACUACAAAAAAACAUGACAUCAAUAAUAAAAUAAUAGACAAACUACGAAGAUUCAUUUCGAAUGCUGACCCGAGAAAAAGAAUUGAAACUUAAAGUUAAAAAUAAUACUCAAAAACCACAGAUGAUUACUUUUUGGAAGGAACCUGCCAACAAAACAUGACUCAGAUUACCACUAAUUUAUUCCAAAUAAUCAAAAUGAAUUUCAUUUGAUGUCAAUAGGCCGGCUUUUAUAAGAGGCUAGACCCACCAAUUUUGGGUCUUUAAUGAUCCAGAAGAACAGAAGAGACUCGAGAUACGGACAUCGUACUGAUGUACAUUAAAAGAUGCUGAACAAAGUUAAUUUAAAGAGAGAAAACGCCAAACUCAAUGCCUUUCGUGGUCUUUCAACGCUGUUAAGAUUAUGGAUGCUUGCAAAUCUAUGGAAUUAUUGCAAUGGGCUGAUUCUUCGCCUCCCUUGCCUGGUCCAUGCAGAUUUCACGAUAUUCGAAGUUGAUUGGUCCCUACAAGGAAGCCUGUUGGCAACAAUACAAGGUAUCCAUGAUGCAGACUGCACGUUGGAAUGUGUAAAGCAUCCGAAAUGCAAAUCAUACAAUAUACAGAAUGUCACUGCCAUUUGUGAACUGAACAGUAAGAUUGCUGGUGAAAAUGGAAGUAGUCUUGUUCAAAGACCUGGCUGGGUUUACAAGUCAACAGAUUACAACCAGACAGAGGUUGGAGAGACAUGCCAGAAACUUCAUCCGUGUGCAAGUAACGUCCUCUGCAGGGAAACGUGUCACCAUCCCUACUACGAAUGCAUUCAUUGUGAUAAAAAGCAAACGGGCCUACAUUGCGACAAGCUGCAAGAUGAAGAUAAAUGUGAAAGUGACCCAUGUCUGAACAAUGGAACAUGUACAAAUACCGAAGAGAGCUACAAAUGUACGUGUGCAUCUGGAUACACUGGCACUGCAUGUGAACAAGAAAUCAACGAAUGCGCCAGUCUUCCCUGCUUUAAUGGCGGGACCUGCGUUAACAAGCUGAAUAGCUUCGAAUGUACUUGUAAAUCUGGAUUCCAAGGAAAACAUUGUGAAUCAGACAUAGAUGAAUGUGCUAGCAUGCCAUGUCAAAACGGUGAACAAUGCAUUGAUCAUUUGAAUAUGUACUCCUGUGUAUGUGCACCUGGUUACUCCGGGUACAACUGCGGAGAAGGACUUUUGGAGGUUGGAGAAGAAGAAGAAGAAGAAGAAGAAGAAGAAGAAGAAGAAGAAGAAGAAGAAGAAGAAGAAGAAGAAGAAGAAGAAGAAGAAGAAGAAUCUAGCCAUUAAAAAAAUAGAAGAACAAUCCUUGGUUCUUUAUUGACCGGAAAGUUUUAAAAUUUAUGGCGAACGGGUUCCCGCGUUCUUGCUUCUUCAUUAGACGAAUUCCUUUAAAUAAAGGCAAACAAUGAAACUGGAAAUGAUUGGAGUGACUUAAGCUACGUUCAGCAAAGCCAUUGAAAAAAGUAUAGUAAAACAACUACGAGAACUCUGUAAAAUUAAAAACUUCAAAUAAUUUAAGACAAAACGUUUUAACUAACAUGUAGGAACAUUUUAACUAAGAUAAAAAUUAAAUUUGAAUGUAUAUAGUUAGAUCUGCUUUUUAUUUAUUUAAUGUACUAUAUUUUUAUUUUAUGAGAUUCACUUUUAAUAUGUCAAUUUAAGGCUUAGGGCAUAGGACACACAUUGAAAACAGCGGUCUCGUUGAAGUGCAAACCUUAAAUAUAUAUAUAUAUAUUCUGAUUCAGAUGUUUUGCGCAUCGAUAAAUCAGAUUUUCUGUCUAUAAAAUUUAGCCCUAUUUGUUUUUCUCAAAGUUUUACUUGUCUCUUAUGAAUAAAAGUUUUAAAAACUGAUUUUAAGUAAAUUAUUUAUGGUUUGGUCUUACGCUUUGUCAGUAAAAAGACACUUGAUAAUACGACUUUUCCUCGAUCGAUGCAAUUAAUGCGUUCGGUUUUCACUUGGCAAUAACACUGUCGUGCAUUCAGUAAAAAAGUGGUAAAAUCAACUUUGAUUUAAGGCAGUUGUUCCAGACAGUUCCAGACAGUUAGAUGAUGCUUCUAAAUGUGAUAUCAUGUGAGUUAGAUGUGAUGGGGGGCUCUACAGCUCUGCCUGCUUCCAUCGAUGAUAGGUAAUAUUAUUUCAAGUAUUUCAAAUUGGGUUCAUAGUUCUGAACUUAUUAGCUUACGCUAAAUUCUGCACAAGAGUAAGCUUUGAAGCAUAUGCCUUUUCAUCUUGCAUAUCCAGAAAACGUGAACACGUACGUUUUCCGCAUGUCCAUGCGGGAAGCUUGAAACAAUAUGCCAUAAGCUUUUUCAGUUCAUAGUUUCCAGACAUGCCGUCGAGGAAUGUUCCUCUUGCCCUUCUACUUGUAUGGAGAAAAAAUUAAAAGGAACAGCAAAACAUGCUGGUAUAUUCUACCUAAAAAUACUUUGCGAACCGUUUGGGGGGAUUGUGCCGUUAUUGUCAAUGUGUCGCGUUUGAUGUCAAUGAUUCCUGUAUAAAUAGCCAUUUUUCUUGCUCCUGUCCAAUAAUUAAAUAUUUCUGCCGAUUCCUUACCCUGGGUUCCAGACCGACGUUCCUCUAGUAAGGGUAUACAUGUGGGGGUAUUUUUGUAUCUCUUCACAAAGUUUUCUAUCAAAGUCGGCCAUUGCUAAGACAUUUUCCGUACGGAAGGCAAAAAAAGUUGAAGAUUUCUCAACUCGAUAAGUUCAAGGCAUACGGGUUUGUGGAAAACAGAAUAAACUUCCUUGCACUGACACGCAAAACUAUUUUUUGAUAUAAUGUAGAAAAUGAUGCAUGGAAUCUUAAUUUCAAGUUUUCGGUUAAUUAUUAUUGUCCGUACUAUAUAGCUAGGUAUUUACGAAAUAAUAGUGAUUACAAAAGAUACUACUCCCAAGAUUUAUUAGAUAAAUUGAAUGAAGAUAAAAAAAUCCCAAA